AUGCCCCGGACGUGCGUGUUGUUGUCGUUGUCGUUGUUGUUGUCGUGCGCCGCCUGUGCGCGCGCCGCCACCGCGUCCACUAUAGUGUCACCGCCGUCGUUCCGGUCGGCCAACCUCACGGCGGCCGGUCUGCUGGCCGCCACCAAGUAUGGAAAAACGGUGUUGGCCGGCGACGAGAUCACCGUGGCCGCCCAGGAGUACGCCGACUGUUUGGUGUUCCGCGUGCAGGCCCGUACCCGCGGGUACGUAGCUUUGGGAUUCGUGGACCCGUUCGCCUCUUCAGUGGACGUGUUGCUCGCUUGGGUCGACGACGACACCGGCACCGGACACGUAAUGGAUAUGCAUGGCAAAACUGAAACAGGUCUAACACCGGAAAAGGAUGUGAGCCAGGACUACGAGCUACUGGCAUCCUUCCAAAAUGGCUCUCAUAUAUCCGUCGUCUUCCGAAGGGCUUGGGACACCUGUGACGCACACGACGACGUUGUAUUUGGGGUAUGUACUCGUAAACCUGUAUUUUUUAAGAUAUCGUCCGAGUCAUAA